AUGGACCCGUCCACAUAUACGGAUCCCCAGCUGACAUACCAGGAUAAACUGGUGAUUGAGGCAAUUGUCGAUCAACCAAGUCCCAGUACAGAUGGAACAGCCGCCAAGCCUUCGGGAGACAAGUUGAGCGCCGAAGAAACCGUUCAGUUACUUCAUAAUUUGAAUGACCCUUCUCAUGUGGAAUUUGAUCCCACCAUCUCGCAGUUUUGGGAUACCCCACUGUUGCGGGCCAAGCUCCCCGCGUCCUUUCAGAAAUAUGUGCUGACGCCAUACAUCAACUGGGCCAAAGGUGUCGUGCGUUUCCAGACUGAUGUGGUGAUGGUAACACAUCUGAUUCUCUACUUCACCACGAUCGUCCCCAGUGGUGCUUUAUUAUAUUAUCGCUUUUCUUACCUUCAUGGUGUCCUGCACUGGCUUAUGCAGUUGUUCUACUGCGGUGCGUUCACCUUGAUGAAGCAUCAGCACAUCCACAUGAACGGAGUCCUCACGCCAAAACUCUGGCUGAUUGAUACCCUUUUCCCGUACCUGUUGGACCCGAUGCACGGUCACACAUGGAACUCGUACUACUACCACCACAUCAAGCACCACCACGUGGAAGGCAAUGGCGGGGAAGACUUGAGUACGACCAUGUACUAUGACCGAGACAGCGUCCCAGACUUUCUGUGCUACGUCGGCCGCUUCGUGUUCUUCAUCUGGUUCGAGCUCCCACUAUACUUCUUCAGAAAAGGACAGUUCAAAUACGGCGCCAAGUGCGCCUUUUGGGAGAUCGGCAACUAUGUUGCCCUUUAUAUGAUGUACAACUAUGUCAAUGCCCGCGCUACCACGUUUGUCUUCAUCCUCCCGCUCACCGUAAUGCGCUUGGGCUUGAUGGUCGGCAACUGGGGACAACAUGCGUUCGUCGACCCAGCCGACCCUGACUCGGACUAUCUCUCGAGUAUCACCCUGAUCGAUGUCCCGAGUAACCGAUUCUCCUUCAACGAUGGAUACCACACAUCCCACCACCUCAACCCGCGCCGUCACUGGAGAGACCACCCCGUCGCUUUCCUCAAGCAGAAGGACCGCUAUGCCAAGGAAGAUGCCCUUGUCUUCCGCAAUGUCGACUAUAUCUUCAUCACCGUCAACUUGCUUCGCAAGAACUACGAGUAUUUAGCCAAAUGUCUCAUUCCAAUUGGCGACCAAGUCAACUGGACUAUGGAGGAGCGAGUGGAGAUGCUUCGCCGCCGGACGCGAAAGUUCCCCAAGCCUUCGAAGAAAACUGCAUAA